CAAUAAAUGGGAGAAAAUGAUAACAUUAUAUAAGUAUCGGAAUUGACGUAUAAAUGAGAUAUUUGUUUCAUAAAUGAAUUGGUUUUACAUUUAAAUCAUAUUUACAUUGAUUUCAGUGUUUAUUAAAUCAUUGAAUCGAUUGUGAGAUAACUGUGCGAAGGGUUGUGUUGUCGAUGAACUGAUCACUGAAUACAUCCAUUAAUUGCAUAACAGAUGACUCAUUGAUUGUUGGGAUGAGAGGAGACGGUGCGGAAGAGGAGCCCAACCCCUGUUCGGCCCUAUAUUUGACGUCCAGUUCCCGGCCGCAGUCGGAGGCCACGGAUGAGAGGGAAGUGCCGUCACUGAGAGGGGGAGCGAGUGAGCCGUCGGGGAGUGAGCCGUCGGGUGGGGGCGACGUAUCGGUGGCCAGGGAUGUGAGUGACUUGGAUGUGGUGAGAGCCACACAAUACGGCGCUUUCGAGAGAUGCAAAGAACUCAUUGAAAGCGGUUUCAAUGUCAACCAAAGAGACGCCGAAAACGUGACACUUCUUCAUUGGGCGGCCAUUAAUAACAGAAGAGAUUUAGUGAAGUAUUACAUCGGAAAGGGAGCCAAUGUUGACGCCGUUGGCGGCGAUCUCCAGUCAACGCCAUUGCAUUGGGCCACACGACAGGGUCACCUCCCGAUGGUUAUACUGCUUAUGCAUCACAGAGCAGAUCCAGCCAUUCUUGAUGGCGAA